CUCGCGUCGCAAGACAGUCAGAACGAUGUGAAGGAGCGAUUGCUUUGUCUGGCGAAUGGGCCAGUUUAUGUUCCGACGUUUGUUGCUCAGUGCAGCUCGAUUUUGGUCUGAAAUAUUAAAUAAUGGCUCAGCCUCCACCAAAACCAUGGGAAAGGCGAAUCCCUGGAACCAUGACUGCACCACUAAACUAUCGCUCAACUGACUUUGGUUCAGUAUCACAAAGUGGACCAUCAGUGUCUGGUCCUCCGGUUCUAACACGUGUGACACCACCCAUCCCUCCAAGACCCGUUCAACAGGCAUACCGCCCUACAUACAGCUCAUUUCCCUCCUCAUACAGCCCUUAUGGGAGCUCCAUCUAUGGGGGCUACAGCCCCUACAGCUACAGUGGUUAUGGAGUUGGAGGCGGCCUGGGUUAUAACCGUUAUAACCACACGGACGACAUCCCACCCAGCCCCUUUGUGCAGCAGGCAGAAGAGAGCAGCCGUGGAGCAUUUCAGUCCAUUGAAAGCAUUGUCCAUGCCUUCUCGUCGGUCAGCAUGAUGAUGGAUGCUACUUUCUCUGCCGUCUAUAACAGCUUCCGUGCUGUUCUGGAUGUGGCCAAUCACUUCUCCCGCUUGCGCGUACAUUUCACAAAAGUGCUGUCUGCUUUCGCCCUGGUUAGGACCCUUAGAUACCUUUAUCGCAGGCUGCAGAGGCUGCUGGGGUUGCGUCAGGAUUCAGAGGUGGAUGAAUUGUGGGCAGACAGCGCCGCUUCCUCCGUGGUGUCUGCUUCAGGAACCAGAGGAGCAGGGAUAGAUGACCCCAGAGCGAAUUCUGUCAAAUCAUGGCCCAUUUUCUUGUUUCUUGCUGUAGUUCUUGGAGGGCCGUAUUUGAUCUGGAAGCUUUUGCGGUCUGCUGAGGGUCCUGAGGAAAAUGCCAGUAACUGGGCAAGUGGGGAGGAUGACCAUGUGGUAGCACGAGCCGAGUACGACUUCACAGCUGCAUCUGAAGAAGAGAUCUCUCUACAGGCUGGAGACAUGCUUAAUCUUGCCCCUAAAGAACAACAGCCCAGGGUGCGUGGCUGGCUGUUAGCCAGCGUGGACGGGCAGGCCACUGGCCUUGUACCUGCCAACUACGUCAAAGUGUUGGGCCGGAGGAGAGGCAGAAAGCAUGCAGAAUUAGAGAGGAUGGCACAGGCCCAGCAGGCUGCACAGAACCUUCCUGCACCUCAAACUGCUCUGGCUACAGCUUCUGUUCCCAGGUUGGUGGUCCCUACCACAUCAGUUCCAGAUGAGCUGCUGGAGUCUGCUUACGGUGAAACACAAGGCCUUCAUGCUGCCCUGGAGGUGCAACCUUCCACAAACAACAACAGUGAUACUGUAGUGAUGACCUCAGAAAAGAUGGACUUAUGAAUAAUUUGUAUGUGUGGGAAGGUGUGUCUUGGUGGGACAAAAAAAGUGUAUCCUUCAUUAGAAUGUAUCACUCUCUUUAUGACUUAAUGCAACACCUAAAAAGGAGAGAAACAAAUGAAAAAUGAAGGUGUUGUGUAGGGGAGGUCAUUUUCCUUUAUAAUGUAUGAACUGCAUAAUUCCACAAAUUUCAGUAGACUGUUAGGCUCAAAGCCAUUACCAAUAUUUGUUCACAUUUUCUUUCUUCAACAAAAAUAUUGGGUAUUUCAACAUUAUAGUUUGUACGACUGUGUUAAUAAGAGCCAUUAAUUUAUUUUGAAUAAUUAUUAGGAAAAAUAGAUUCAAUUUGAUAUGCUCGCAUCAAGCAUAAAAUGUUACAAAUAUGUUGUCUUUCAAGCAUACACAGUUAAUGCAUCUGAUUAGUUUAAAUUGUGAGUUCUCAUAUCAAUCUAAAUUUAUAAUGCAGUGUUUAUCACGAAUUUCUCCUAAUGUAAGAGUUUUAGAUUACUGUUCAUCUUUCUGCAAUGUGAAUAUUUAAUAUUUUAAGUUGUGUUGUAUCAAGGAUUAGUUUGUGCAUUUUUCUGUGUUUUCAGGCUUGUUUGUUUUUUCAUACCACUAACACAAUGUGCAAUUAUGUAAAUACGAGCAAUUAUUUUCCCAGUAAAUGCUUAAAAAUG